UGCGAAAUGUACGGCCGCGGUGUAUAUAAGGAACUUUUUUCGAGCGAGACGAUUAUUAGAAAUGUGAGCGAUUUACUUCACUCUUUGGAGAAAAAAGCCUUAAAGCCCGUUUGGGCGAACUUAAAGUGUCGAACGCCGUAGAGAGGAGAAAGUGUUAACAUGGUGAAAUUCUCAGAAGAACAAUUGCGGACGGUAAUGUCCAUUCCCCGUCAAAUUAGAAACAUAUCGGUCAUUGCCCAUGUGGACCACGGCAAGACCACCCUAACGGACUCCCUCCUGUCAAGAGCUGGGGUCAUUUCAGCUGACCAGGCAGGGGAUAAGUGUGCCAUGGACACACGCAAAGACGAACAGCUGAAGGGAAUCACCAUCAAAUCCACUGCCAUCUCUUUGUUUUAUGAGGUGGAAACAAGGAUGCUACCCAAAACGCAUACCCAGGAAAAAGGGGAGGGGAUUUGUGAAUACCUCGUUAAUCUGAUUGAUUCCCCUGGUCACGUGGAUUUCUCCUCUGAGGUUACAGCCGCGUUGAGGGUGACGGACGGUGCUCUGGUUGUGGUUGAUAGUAUCAGCGGUGUCUGUGUUCAGACUGAGACCGUUCUACGCCAAGCUUUGGCCGAAAGAAUAAAACCGGUCUUGAUGAUCAACAAACUGGACAGGUGUAUUUUUGAGACACAGCUGGAACCGGAAGAACUCUAUUGCAAAUUACGGAACACCAUUGAACACGUGAAUGCAAUAUUGUCAACCUACAGCGAGAACGACAGUUGUUUGACAGAGAUUACGUUGGAUCCAUCUUUAGGCAAUGUCGCCUUUGGCUCUGGUUUACACCGUUGGGGCUUUACCCUCCGGCGAUUUGCGAAGAUGUAUGCAGCCAAAUUCGGUACUGACGAAGACAAGUUCAUGAAGAAGCUCUGGGGCAACCAUUACUAUAACCCAGACACCAGGAAAUGGAACAAGACGGGAGGGAAAGGAUACAACAGAGGAUUCAACAAGUUUGUUCUGGAACCUUUAUUCAAGAUGCUGAAAGCAACAAAAGCUAUGGAAAAAGAGGAAAUAUUCAAGAUGACCGACAAAGUAGGUCUGCAGCUUUCAAGCGAAGAGAGAGCAUUAGAAGGAAAGGAGUUAAUGAGAAAUGUCAUGAUGAAAUGGCUUCCGGUCGGAGAUGCCAUGUUGGAGAUGAUUAUUGUCCACCUUCCGUCUCCGGACGAAGCUCAGAAAUACCGUACGGAUAUCCUGUAUGAAGGCCCCAAUGACGACGAGGUGUCCAUAGCAAUGAAAGAAUGCAACCCAAAUGGCCCAUUGAUGGUGUACAUAUCUAAAAUGGUACCCUCCACUGAUAAGGGUCGGUUCUUGGCUUUUGGACGAGUCUUUUCUGGCACGAUAUCCUCCGGAAUGAAAGUCCGUGUCAUGGGCCCACAGUACGAACCCGGAAAAUCGCAUGAUCUGUUCUACAAAACAAACCCCCGGGCGGUCAUCAUGAUGGGAAGUAAAAUCACCUCAGUGGGUGAUGUACCCUGUGGAAAUGUCGUGGGUCUUGGCGGAAUAGACAAAUUCUUGGUCAAGUCUGGGACAGUGACCACCUUCGAUAAAGCCCAUAACAUGAAGGUGAUGAAAUUCUCCGUCAGUCCUGUCGUGAGAGUGGCGGUGGACGUCGUUAACGCCCCCGAUUUACCGAAACUUGUGGAAGGUCUCCAGCGAUUGGCUAAAUCUGAUCCCAUGGUGCAGUGCUCUUUCGAAGGCGGUCAGCAUAUUGUCGCUGGAGCGGGAGAACUCCAUCUUGAAAUCUGUUUGAAGGACUUGGAGGAACUGCAUGCUUGUGUGCCUAUCAAGAAAUCCGACCCUGUUGUCAGCUACAGGGAAACAGUUUUAGAAAAGUCGAGCCAAGUCUGCCUGUCAAAAUCCGGAAAUAAACAUUGCCGAGUUUACAUGACUGCAGAACCCAUGUCUGAUGGUCUAGCGGAAGAAUUCGAUUCUGGCAAAAUUAGUAACAUGAAUGACGUGAAGGAGCGUGCACGGUUCCUCGCCUCGGAGUACGGAAUGGAGUUGAAUGAAACUAGGAAGAUAUGGUGUUUUGGUCCUGCCAAUUCCGGACCCAAUAUGUUGAUUGAUGUGACAAAGUCUUGUCAAUAUCUUCAUGAGGUGAAAGACACGGUCGUAGCUGGUUUCCAGUGGGCUACAGAGGAGGGAGUUCUCUGUGAAGAAAACAUGCGAGGAGUCAAGUUUAAUUUGGAAGACCUUACAGCACAUCCUGAUCCGGCCCACCGCAAGGGGGCGCAGAUGAUUCCAGCUACCAGACGAUGUCUCUUUGCUUCAUUCCUAACGGCCCAACCAAGAAUUUUGGAACCAGUUUAUCUGGUUGACAUUGAGGUUCCUCCAUCGGUAAUGGGCGGAGUAUUCAAUGUGUUGUCAAAACGACGUGGUCACGUGACCGAAGAACAACAAAAGAUGGGUUCUCCAAUGUUUAGCAUCAAGGCCUUUCUUCCCGUCAACGAAUCUUUCGGUUUCGCUGAGGAGUUGAGGGGGCAGACAGGUGGCCAAGCCUUCCCACAAUGCGUAUUUGAUCAUUGGCAGCUCUUUCCGGGUGAUCCUCUUGAUCAGACGUCACGUGCUGCAUCCGUGGUUGCCGACAUCCGACAACGGAAGGGGAUCAACCCCGUCAUACCGGCGCUAGACAACUUCCUUGAUAAACUUUGAAUGACAGAAAUUUUCAUCCAACUCCAUUUCCUUUGUAAUUGUAAGACAAUAAAAAGGUGUUGACCUCAAGGAAUAUUCAUGGUGGAAAAGAGAGCAGAAACAAAACAUGAAUAAAUAGAAAUAUCAUGAAGCAA